AUGAAGGGUUCAGAUACGACGCCGGCGCUGGCUUUGGCCGGGACAACUACGCCCGAGCAAAUCACUACCAAAAACACUUGGAACACCAAGAACCUGACUUCGCGACUUGGCGCCGAUUUCCUUUCCGCUGCGAGCGCUGCGUCAAUGGUCGCGCCGCUCAUUGCCAUAAUUGACCGGUCCAUCAUGGAGAACGCUUCGGGCGCAAACACCCUCGUAAACUCUGUAAAAUCCUCCCUCAAAACGCUUAUUACCCGCCCGCAUACCAUCCUCUUCUCGAAGCCAACAGCGCUCAUUUUCUGCCUUUACGGCGGAACAUAUCUCACCGCCAAUGCCGUCGACACAUCCUUCUCGACCGUCAACAACAAGCCCGCCUCGAGCGUCACGGCCGGAACCACGAAGUUCGCCGCCUCGAGCGCUGCAAACAUCGGUGUUUGCAUCUACAAGGACCAGGUCUUCGUGCGCAUGUUUGGACCCCCUGGUGUAGUCCCCCGGGCUGUUCCUAUGGCUUCGUACACUCUCUUUGCGCUGCGUGAUUGCUUGACCAUCUUUGCUUCGUUCAACGUGCCGCCUCUGCUAGGACCUUAUCUGGACAAGCGCUUCUCUGAGGAGAUGAAGAAGCGAGUAUCUGGUCUUUACGCUGCGCAAUUCAUGGCGCCUGCCAUGGUGCAGUUUAUUUCCACGCCUAUGCAUCUGUUCGGUCUAGAUCUAUACAACCGCCAAGCCACAGGUCCCGGAGGCGCAGUUGUGUCUAUGCGUGAUAGAUUGGAUCUCGUGCGCCGCAAUUGGUUCAUCAGCUCCAUUGCCAGAAUAUGUCGAAUUGUGCCUGCGUUUGGAGUCGGCGGUGUUGUCAACAUGAAAGUGCGCAAGAACCUCAUGGGCAAGCUGGAGUAG